AUGGAAGAGUGCAAAGGCGAUGAUGGUAGUGCAACUAACGUUUCCGGCGAGGUUUCUGGCGGUGGGGUGAGUUCCAGAUGGAACCCCACUAAAGAACAGAUCAGCCUUCUUGAAGGGCUGUAUAAGCAAGGGAUUAGGACGCCCAGCGCCGAGCAGAUACAGCAGAUAACCGGCAGGCUUAGGGUUUACGGCCACAUAGAAGGCAAGAACGUCUUCUACUGGUUUCAAAACCACAAGGCCAGGCAAAGGCAGAAACAGAAGCAGGAGAGCCUCGUUUACUUCAACCGCUUCCUUCAUGCUGCUGCCAUUCCCUUUGUUCCUCCCCUUCCUCCUCCUAAUGCACUGGCAUUUCUUGCAAUCUCCCUCUUCUCUGUCAUAAGCAAAGAAGCUCAUUACGGAAACAUGCUUCCAUUUUUUUGCCUCGCAGUUGUCUGUAGCCCUUCGUACGCGUCACAUGGGGGCUUCGGAUACUACGCUCCGUAUCAGAAGGUGCUGCUUCCUGCAGCGGGAGGAGCAAGGAGGCCUAGAGCGGAAAGGUCUGAUGCCAAGAUCAGGAAGCAGGAGCAGCAAGGUUAUGGCGCGUCUGAUGUUGGGUAUGGAGAAGGAAGGAGCAGCUUGAGUGGUGCAACUUCACAUGAGACACUGCAAUUGUUCCCCCUGCACCCGACGGGGAUUUUAUGCAGAGAUUCAGGGGAGGAAGCGUUCUCUUCUCCUUCUCCUGUUAUCAGCAGUAGCGAUGGGAAUCCAUCCUGUUUCUCAGAUGAUUCGGACGUCAGCCUCUCAGAGAACACAGAGCAGCUUCCUUUCAUUAAUUUCUUCUCCCAAAACUAA